AUGGAUCUCGCAGAGACAGUCAGAGCGAUCCAGCCUUUACAAGGAGAGGUCGUUCCUAUUCGCACUGUCCAGGAAACACAGCCAGUUGAGGAAUUCGGCGAUGCCUUCGUCGCAGAAAUCAAUAUCAAAGGUGCAGCCAAAGUGAUCAAGGUGCUCGACUCCAAGUACCCCCGAGUCCCCUCACUCCCUCUGUCACAUCUUCGACGCUUCGCGAAGAGAGAUAUCCUGCCCCCGCCACUUCGCGCAAGAAUUGAAGCCGAAAGUUCGCAUGCAAUUAGAGAACAACAAACUAUCUUUGUUGUGGUUUCGCCUCCACUGCCUCCCGCAGAAGAACUGCAAAACCUACUCGCUCCCUUUGCGCCAGAUACUUAUGGCUCUGAUGCGUCUACACCUGAACCAUCGCCAUCAAAGAUUCACCUCUUCACCAUCCAAAUCCCUCUCCAGCCACCUUUCAAUGUUACCCAAGCUCAACGAUGGAGCAAAACCCUUUGGCCAGUUGUUUUCAACCCCGCCGCACCCCGAUCCACUGUCGCACCGCCCCUUCAAAUCCUGAACCGGGCUCAGGAAAGUAUUGAGCCUCGUGCAGGAUACUAUCUCUCUCUCGCGCGCAAAGUUGCAGAAGAGGCAAAGCAGUCGGGACGUGGCCGCGGCGUUGGAGCAGUCGUUGUCGAUCCGGCCAUCGAAGCCGCGAUCGAGGCCGCUGCAGAAGAAAGUGGCGAGUACACCACUCACAGAUGGAUGGACGCCGUCCUCGCUGUUGGCGGUGAUGUUCGUUUCGCCCGCUCGGAAGCUGGGAAGCCAUCUCAGACAGAUCUACACCCCGGUGUGGCUCCUAACCCAGCCUGUGCGGUGUUUGAUUCAGAUUUGGAGGGCGGGCCGGAUCUGCAUGCCUUGAUGCGUGUUGCUGAGCUUGUUGCGCGCAGACGUCGUGAGGAUCCCGAACACCAGGAAUCUACAGCGGCCGUUUCGACUUCACUGGCUGCUAUUGCUACGGAUCCCCAGCUUUCUUCACAGCUAAGUCCUCUUGAGUCACACUUCCUCUACCAACCCGGUCCUCCAGAAAUCGCCACCAAUGCGUCUAUUGCUGAUUCCAAUGAGUUUUGCUCCUCCCCCCUCUCUCCAAAGAAGAGGAAGCAUGAAGAGCCAAAUCCUGAAUCUGCCUCGGCUCCUCUUAACACUAUCGGCCUUGACCCAUCUAUUCAGGUCGCAGUCGCACAAGACCACUCCCAGUCUGCGACGCCUCCCCUUCCAGCUCCCCCGCCAUCAACCGUCGCGACUGUUGCUAAUCCUACCAUUUCACAUCCUCUUAUUGAGUCAGCAAAGGUUGCUACUACCUCUACCGCCCCAGGCACGACCUCUCGCAUUCGCACUCGCUCGCAGGGAGGCUAUCUCUGCACGGACCUUGACAUUUACAUUUCCCACGAGCCGUGUCUCUGUUGCUCUAUGGGCUUACUUCUCUCUCGAUUCCGGGCUAUCAUCUUCCCACGUUCGGGUCGGAUGAAGAGCGGCGGCAUAGCAUCUGAGCCCGUUGUGAUCCCUACAUCGGAUCCUGAUCCGUGGGUGGAUGAUGCUGAAACUGGCGAUACGGAUGAGAAGUUUGGGGAAGAUGAGGAUGAACGUUUGUAUUAUGGAUUGCAUUGGAGAAAGGAGUUAAACUGGCACGCUUUAGGGUUUGAGUUUGUAGAGUACGAGGAUGAGGAUGAGGAGGUCGAUGACGAGAGUGAUGAUGUGGUUUUCAACGCGUGA